AUGUACCCUGUAAGCCCUCAUCCUCCCUCCUCUGCUGCUCCACAGGUGUUCAAGCGCUAUGUUGAGAUUGGCCGCGUGGCUUACGUGUCCUUCGGGCCUUACGCUGGCAAGCUGGUGGCCAUCGUGGAUGUCAUCGACCAGAACAGGGCCCUGGUAGAUGGCCCCUGCUCUGGAGUGAAGAGGCAAGCCAUGCCCUUCAAGUGUAUGCAGCUCACUGACUUUGUCAUCAAAGUGCCCCACAGCGCUCGUCAGAAGUUCGUCAAGCGUGCUUGGGAGAAGGCCCAGGUCAAUGAGAAAUGGGCUGAGACUAGCUGGGCCAAGAAGAUUGAGGCCAGACAAAAGAGGGCCAAAAUGUCAGACUUCGAUCGCUACAAGGUGAUGAAGGCCAAGAAAAUGAGGAACAAGAUCAUCAAGCAUGAAGUCAAGAAGCUUCAGAAAGCAGCGGUGAAAAAGGCAUGAAACUUCCAAAUAAAAUAUCCUGACUUGUA